AUGUCUGCAACACAAUCAUCCAAGGCGGGCAGUCCGAACGACUUCCUCAAGGGCGUCAUUGGCAAGAGCGUCAACGUCCGCCUCAACUCGGGCAUCGACUACCAGGGCGUCCUGUCGUGCUUGGACGGAUACAUGAACAUUGCGCUUGAAAACACAACCGAAUACGUAGACGGCGUCAAGAAGAACAACUACGGCGACGCUUUUAUCCGUGGAAACAACGUCAUGUACAUCACCGCACUCGAAAAGUAA